GUUAAUUUAUUUAGUAUCAGCGGAUCUUAAAUUCGCAAGUCGUGCAGUUUUUGGAGACUCAUGCUUAGCUAGGAUGAGAAUGACCAAUAAGAGACAUAUGUUUGUUUUAGCAGCGACUGUACACCUCAUCAUCAUUACAAACUUAACUUGUGAAGUCCAAGGCUUAAAUGGAUGUGAAAUAUCUCCCAAUAAAACCAUAAUCUUUGGGAGAAAAUGGUGGUCACGACCAGAUUUUUGUAUCAUGUGUAAAUGUACAAGAAAAGAAGGCUUGAGUUGCAGAUACUAUAAAGGAGGUAGAAAAAAAUGCAGAUAUGGGUGUCUCCAUGGCCCCGUAAUAUAUAAUGUAGGAUCUGAAAUAAGUAGAAAUGAAAAGCGUGUGUGUGAGUGCACAACAGGCAGAGUCAUAAAAUGCUAUGAAAGAGGCCAAUUUGAUUGGAUCAAAUGGGCACCUUGGAGUGAAUGUGCUAAUUGUAAAACACAUCCCUCUAACCGCAAGGUGC